AUGGAUGAAGAUGGUACCGACUUUCGGUUAAAGAUUGAUGGAAAAUGGCUAUUAAUAACAAGGGAUUUCCAAAAGAGACAUCCAGGUGGAAGUGUUAUCAUUCAUUACAGGGAUGCUGAUGCAACACAAGUUUUUCAUGCUUUUCAUGAAGGAAGCAAAAGUGCUUAUAAGCAGUUGGAAUUGCUUAAAAAACGAAAUUGUAUUGAUAAUAUGAAUAGGUUUAAUACCAACGAUGAUGAUAAAUGCAUCGAUGAAAUAAAUGUAUCAUCCUAUAAUCUAUCAGAAACAAAGGAAAAGCAAAUAGUGAAGAAUUUUAUUGCCUUACGAGAAGAACUUAUAGCUGAAGGUUUAUUUGAUGUAAAUUCAACUUAUUACAUCUAUAAAUCUGCGGAAGCAUUUGGCUUAUUAUUAUUUGCUUUUAUUCUACAAUAUUUUACAUGGUACUUGACAUCAGCAAUAGUUUUAGCACUUUGUUGGCAACAAUUUGGCUGGUUAACACAUGAUUUUUGUCAUCAACAGCCAAGCAAAAAUCGUCAAAAUAAUGAUUUGUUAUCUUUAAUUUUUGGUAAUAUUGUACAAGGAUUUUCGCGUGAUUGGUGGAAAGAAAAGCACAAUACUCAUCAUGCAGCAACAAAUAUUGUUGGACAAGAUGGUGAUAUUGAUUUAGCUCCUUUGUUAGCAUUUGUUCCAGAUGAUCUAAAAAAGUACAAAAGUUUAUUUGAACAAAUCAUCUCAAAGGUAAUUCCUUACCAACAUUUAUAUUUCACAUUUAUGCUACCUUUCCUACGAUUUUCCUGGACAAUACAAUCUAUACUGUUUGUCAUUAGUGCACCAUACAAUCAGUACAAGCAACAUGUCAUUAAUGCUCCUGCUGAACAGGUUUGCAUCUUAUUACACUGGUCAUGGGUUUUCCUUCAAUUAUGGCUUCUUCCUACAGGAUCAAUAAGAAUUUUAUAUUUUGCAAUUAGCCAAUUGGGCGCUGGAUUUUUUAUCGCUCAUGUUGUUACUUACAGUCACAAUUCUGUUACAAAAUUUCCUUAUCAAAGUCGUUUAUUGAAUAAUUUCCCGUGCCUUCAUAUACUGACAACUCGCAAUAUGUUACCAUCUCCGAUCGUUGAUUGGUUUUGGGGUGGCCUCAAUUACCAGAUUGAGCACCACUUGUUUCCUACAAUAUCCCGUGCAAAUUUACCUCGAGUAUCAGUGAAAGUCAAAAAAUACUGCGAAAUGAACAACCUCCCGUACUUAGUGGAUAGUUACUGGACAGGAUAUAAAUUAAUUUUAGAUCAACUGAGAAGUAUUGCCGACUCGGUAAGCAAGAUUACAUGUCCCAAUAGUGAAAACUUAUGUGAUGGUUAA